CGAGGCUUCAGGGAAGGAGAAGGGAUCAGGAGCGGGAGCUGAGGAGAGAGAGAGGCCGGUCCGGGUCUGGCCGCUGCUGCUGCUCUCUCGAGGUUUCCAGGCCGGGCUGCGGCUCCAUCCUCGGCUCCUGGGCACCGUCUGCGAGGCUCCGCCGACCAGAGUGAGAAAGCCGCGGGCGGCGACCGCCGCAUCAUGUCAGCCAAGGACGAGCGGGCCAGGGAGAUCCUGAGGGGCUUCAAACUAAAUUGGAUGAACCUUCGGGAUGCUGAAACAGGGAAGAUACUCUGGCAAGGAACAGAAGACCUGUCUGUUCCUGGUGUGGAGCAUGAAGCCCGUGUUCCCAAGAAAAUCCUCAAGUGCAAGGCAGUGUCUCGAGAACUGAAUUUUUCUUCAACAGAACAAAUGGAAAAAUUCCGCCUGGAACAAAAAGUUUACUUCAAAGGGCAAUGCCUAGAAGAAUGGUUCUUCGAGUUUGGCUUUGUGAUCCCUAACUCCACAAAUACCUGGCAGUCCUUGAUAGAGGCAGCACCUGAGUCCCAGAUGAUGCCAGCAAGCGUCUUAACUGGGAACGUUAUCAUAGAAACAAAGUUUUUUGACGACGAUCUUCUUGUAAGCACAUCCAGAGUGAGACUUUUCUAUGUUUGAGAGAAGAAUAUGUAUGCAUUUCAAGAAUUUGGGUUUUUUGGAGGGAGGAGGAAACUGUUUACUUUUUCCCUCCACACGUUUGGUUUUUGACAGUUCCACCCCUAAUUCCCUCAACAGCAGAACCUACCUGCAGCCACCAGGGGACCAGCUCUGUGUAGGUAACCAGAUGGCUCCUUUUCCCAAGCCGCCACCUUCCAGCUGACCAGACUAAACUCCCAACCCCAGACCAGGGAAGGGGACAGGUCUCAAGUCCUUCCCAGUGUACACACAGGGAACAAAUACAUACCACAGACCAAUAACUGUACCUGUCACCCUUCCUGACUCCUCCUUGGGCCCUACAGGCUACACAUCUACCUUUGGCCCCUGGUUUUUGGAAAAAUUCCAUGUUCCUGACCCACGUUUAGUUUUUUUUCCUACCAUUUCUAUUUCAUACAUUCUCAUACAUUUAAUUUGUAAAAUAGACUGUGAUAUUAUUAUUACAUAAUGUAAUUAAAAAUACGAAUUAAAAUAUUCCUACAGUCUUUAGCAUGGCA